AUGAGAAACGAUAAUGCUGAAACCAAACAUUUAUCAUCAUCAUCAUCAUCAAAAUUGUUCUCAAUUGAUUUUAAAUUCAGUGAUAGAUGCUUUCAGUUCAACACUCAACACAAUGUUGUGGCUCUUUUGCCAACACAGCAGAGUAGUUUAAAGUUAUUUUAUCUAAUGAUUGCAGAUAUGCAAAAACUAUCAACAUAUCGAAAAAGCUCAAAAAAUCUCACAACUAACAAAACAACAAAAGCUGAAAGUCAAACUUUAUAUUAA